AUGGCACUACGUUUGGAGCUCUUUCUGAUUUGGGCUGGCGUGUCUAUGUUUCUACAACUGGACCCUGUGAAUGGAGAUGAUAAUUGUGUUUUCCCAUUCAUCUAUGGAAACAAAAAGCAUUUCGACUGCACAUACCAGGGUGCCAUAUACCCGUGGUGUUCCCUCGAUGCAGACUAUAGAGGAAGAUGGAAAUACUGCACUAAUAAAGACUAUGCCAAAUGUGUCUUUCCCUUUAUCUAUGAAGGCAAGUCAUAUGACACUUGCACAACAGUUGGGAGUUUUGCUUCGACCUAUUGGUGCUCACUCUCUCCAGACUAUGACCAGGAUGGAGUUUGGAAGUAUUGCUAG